AUGGCGUCUAAAAGGUCAAAAAAUGCAAAAAACUCAAAAAAAAGAAAGCAAGCACUUGACGUUCUUGAAGGAAAAAGAAGAAAACAAGCACUUGACGUUCCUGAAGGACAGAAUGAAAGCCAACAAAAUAUAUUUGCACAAAUGUUAUCAGUAGAAUCUUCAGAAAUUCCUAAAGAUCAGCACACAGAUCGUGAAAAAUCACCUACUGGUCCUUUAGUACUCGUUACUCCAUUUGAUGUAGAUCGUGGAAGAUCUUUAGUUAAAUCUGUUUCUUUUACUCCAGCAAAUCGUGAGAAAUCCUCAACAAAUCGAGAGAAUUCUUUAGUCAGGACUGCGCAUACUGAAACUUCCAUUUCAACUACAUUGAAGCCAUCUGUAACUCCUAUGAAAAUUGAUUAUUAUAACGUCGAUGACGAUGAUAAAGAAGAACAUAAUGAUAACCACGAUAAAAGUGAUACCAGUGAGAAUUUACAAAAACCACAUAAUGUAGAGGGUGAACGUUACCUAACUGUGAAAGAGUUUAAUUAUGCCAUGAAUGCAUUAGAUGGAAAGGUAAACGCCAUCUACAAACUUUGUCGAUAUAUUGGAAAUCAGAAACAAAAAAGUAUUCAAGAUACGCAAAAUGUUGCAAAAAGUGAUGUAUUAAGCGAUGAUUUCUGGAAUCGAGUUUAUAAAAAUGUAGCUAAAGAACUUAUUCCAACGUCUUUAUAUCCUUCGAAUAUAGAGUACCGAAAGGCUUUAGAAACAUAUUUAUCUAAAUAUGCAGAACAUUACAUUAAAAAUAUUGGGCAAAACGCGUGGAUUUCUUUAUUUUCAGAUAAGUUGUUGGCAGAGAUAAAAACUAAAUGCAGAAGCAGGAGAAAUGAUUUUGCCGCAAGUAUCAGGAGUGCCAUGUUUUCCGUCUUUGGAGAACAGCGAUUGGAACGCAUAGAUAACAAUUCUCCUUCUAUGAAGAUCGCUGAAUAGAAACAGAAUCAAAAAACGCGUAAUGCGUUUUAUGAACUUUUCAAAAAUCACGAUAUUCUAACGAAAAUUGGCCAUUCGGUUUUCAAACAGUAUAGGGAUAAAGAACUUCCUUUUACGCAUUGUGCGUAUAUUUUAUCAAUAUGUGACAUCUUGUUAAAUCCCAAUAGCUAUAGUAUUAAGUGUAAUGACAAGUCUGUUACGAAAAGAGUCGAAUUUUUUCUAGUAAAUAAUUUUCGCAAAUUUUCGCAGUUCUUUUAAUCUUUUAAUAUUUUACAGAUAUUAAUCUAUAAUUAAUUAACAGCAAGCGUUUAGAAAUAAAACGCAAAUAACUCCUCGAAUAAUGG